AUGGGCACUUUUCCUCCACCACCGGCAGGCAUCGACCCAAAGACCUGGAACGCAAUCCUUCAUAUCCGCACCGGCUGUUUCCCAACUCUUCUACCCCAGAUCAAGAACGAUUAUGGAUAUUGGCCAAGUCUUGGGGCAGGCAUCGCUUUCGCUGUUCUUUUUGGGUUGGCUUUAAUCGGUCAUGCUAUCCAAGCCAUCCGGUUUAGACGCUGGACGUCUAUUCUCUUUGCUAUUGGAGCUCUUACCGAAGCGAUAGGGUGGGCUGGUCGGACCUGGAACGCCAAGUGCCCCUAUAAUCACGACGCAUUUUUGAUGCAAAUCACCACUCUCAUUAUUGCACCAACCUUUUUUGCGGCCGGUCUUUAUGUCCUUCUCGGUAUCUUAAUACAAAAACUAGGCUCUCAAACAAGCAGUCUGUCACCCAGUCAUUAUGCCGUAAUAUUUUGCACGUGCGACAUCAUCUCUCUUGUCGUUCAAGCUGUUGGCGGGGCUUUGGCGGCCAAGGCUACCGUUGAAGUUAAUGGCAACUCGGUGACUGGAACUCACAUUAUGGUUGCCGGGAUCUCAUUUCAAUUGUUCACCAUGACUGUCUUUGCUCUGCUCGUCGUUGACUUUCUGCGUCGGGCUAGCAACUUGGUGAUGAAGAGACCCAUAAAGCUCGUCCUGAUAGCUCUAUUCGUGGCAUUUUUGAUGAUAUACAUGCGAUCCAUCUACCGUACAGUUGAAUUGGCUGAGGGAUGGACAGGGUUUUUGAUUACGCACGAGGGUUACUUUAUUGGACUCGAUGCGACUCUGAUGGUCAUCGCAGUUAUUGUCUUUCUAAUAUUUGAUCCUGCCGUGCUACUGCGUCAGGACUCUGUUUCUUGGGAAGCUGAGGGAGAACCAGCAUUCGGGUUUUUGACCUAUUCAUCAUACUGCUGA